ACUGCCAAUCAGGCCUUUGUGCUGCAUCCCGGGGGCACAUUUGCUUUUGAAGAACGUAGCAAACCCACACUCCAAUCAGACCGAGAUGUCAUAGUCCGAGUCAUGGCAACAGGCCUCUGUGGUUCAGAUGUCCACUACUGGCAACACGGCCGAAUAGGGCCAUACGUCGUCGAAAACCCCAUAAUCCUAGGCCACGAGUCAACAGGAAUCGUGGUAGAGAGCGGAAGCGGUGUUCAAGGCCUCGCCGUUGGAGACCGUGUCGCUCUCGAGCCCGGCGUUGCCUGCAAUACCUGUAAUCAUUGUCGCAAUGGCCGCUAUAACCUCUGCAGGAAGAUGCGGUUUGCCGCGACACCACCUUACGACGGAACACUCGCAACAUACUACCGCGUUCCUGAAGAAUGCUGUUUCAAGCUCCCACCCCACAUCUCACUGCGCGACGGUACUCUGAUCGAACCUCUCAGCGUAGCUGUGCACAGCUGCCAACUGGCAGGAUUUAUGCAGGAUAAAUCAGUGAUUAUAUUCGGAGCAGGGCCUGUCGGGUUACUCUGCUGCGCUGUUGCGCGGGCCUUCGGUGCGUCAACGGUAGUUGCCGUGGAUGUCGUCCCUGCUCGGCUCGCUUCUGCUGUUAAGUAUGGUGCUACACACACAUACCAGAUGAGCGCUGAGACAGCGGAGAAGAAUGCAGCGGAUUUGUUGGCGGCGGCUGGUCUGCAUAAUGGCGCUGAUAUUGCUCUGGAUGCGACUGGCGCUGAGCCUUGUCUGAACUGCGGUAUCUUCGCCCUCGCUCAGGGAGGAACGUUCAUCCAAGUGGGAUUGGGAAAACCAAACUUAUCUGUUCCGGUUGGCCAGAUCUGCGACAAGGAGAUUGUUUUCAAAGGAAGCUUCCGGUACGGGCCUGGAGACUUUAAAUUGGCCAUUGGGUUGCUGGACUCCCGCCGAAUUAAGCUGGAUGAUCUUGUCACUCAUGAAUUUUCUUUCAGCCAGGCUGAAGACGCUUUCAAAAAUGUCGCCGGUCGAGGCGGAAUCAAGAGUGUCAUCUAUGGCCCAGAUGUCGACGAGGAAGAGGCAAGAGCGAUUUUAGUAUAG